AGGCGACAAAGAACAGAGAGGGCGUGUGCACUACUACUCUGCUGUUGAGGAGAAAUCCGCGCGCGCCACCAGAAGCUUCCCUGAUCUAUAUCAUCCCAUGCAUGUCAGAGAAGCACAGUGACAGCUGAGUGAGCUGACAAGCCAUGCCUUGCGAGUUGCGAGAGAGAGCUAAUGCAUGAGCGAGCUACGCUGGCAGCUCAAGUCUAAUUGAUUAGAGCAGAACCAAGGUCCUCCCACAUGCAUGGCCAAGUGAAAUAUCCUUCGCCUCAUCUCGCAACUCGCAAGUCUCACCUAUAUAUGUCGCCUUGCAUUGCCGAGUCCAACACACGCCACACACAGAGCUGCAGGUCUAGCAACACUUCGUGCAACCGAUCGAGAGUCGCUGCUUCUCUGGCCGGCCGGCCGGGGAGAUCGACAUGAGAAGGAAAGCCGUGUUCGCGGUGGGGAAGAAGAAGAAGAACGGAGGCACGGCGGCGGCGUUGCGGACGGGCAGGAGGCCGUUCCAGCAUAUGGCUCUGGCACGGCUCAGGGAGCUCAAGAAGAUCGUCCCUGACGCCCAGGACGCCGCCGACGUGGACGUGCUGCUCCGCCGGACGGCCGACUACAUCUGCGCCCUCGAGCUCAAGCUGACCGUCCUGCGGAGGGUAUCAGCCAUCUACGGGGUGUGAUGCUUCCUUUGUCUGUCGCGCUGGCAGCCUGGCACCUUCGUCGUCGUCCAGUCCUACGUACGUGCUCCACUCCGUCGGUCGUCGUCCACGCACGAUGAUGAAAGGUUUUGAGGUCAAAACCUGCUGCGGUUGUGAGGGGCCGGACGAGGGGAGAAGAUUUCUCGCAUGCUCAUCUCUUGGUUGUUGCUCCUACGGGAGUUAGUUUGGAUCCAAUAUGUGUUGUGCAUAUGGCAGUUAAUUAGUUUGCAGGUGAGGCCAAGCCAUUGUUAUAGUCAGUGGUGUUUAGUUUAGCCUGUUGGCUUGAAGAACAAGGAUCCCUAGAGUCUGCUUUUAUUCAGUUUAUGGAGUUGUUCAUGUUCGCUUUUUUUUCCUUUUUAAAGGUCCCACGAGUGAACUAGUUAUUGCUCAUGUAGUAAUGCCCUGUCUCCGUUCUCGAAUAUUUGUCGCAUGUUAGUUUA